GGUUCAUAUUCAGCUUGCUGCUUCAAACCUUUCCAUCAAUUCACAUUUCGUAGAUCCUCGACAGAAAAUCAAUCGCCAAAAUGAAGGUCCUUCUCGUCCUUGCUUUGUGCAUUGCUGCUGCCUCCGCUGGGGUUGUUGACACCACCCGAUGCGGUGGGGUUGGCACUUUCAGAGAGAUGAGGAUCGCGAACUGUGAGGGAGCCAUCUGCUACAUGACCCCGGGUACACCUUAUGCUUGUGAAGGUGACAUUAUUCCCAGCAGUGCCGCUGCCGCCCUCCGACUCAAGGUAUCUGCCACCUACCUUGGCUUCCCAGUCAGCAUCAUUGACACCCUUCUCGAAAACUCGUCAGUCCAACCAGGAGUCCAGUACACUGUCCGAUUCACCAUCACUCCCAACGACAUCUUGUCUGGAAACACACUUCCAGUCCGUGCCGAGGUCUCCAACGAUGCGUCUACUCUCGUCGAGAUUUGCGUCUCCGUCCAAGUGCACAUCAACUAAAAAAUAUUACCAAAUAUUACUCUUAUUUUGUUUUUCCUUUUUCAAACAUUGGCAUAAAUUCAAACGAAUAAAUAUCUACUCGUAUUAUCAAUCAA